CCCCCGGAAGUAGAAUAAAGCCUGUCACUGCUAGCCUGAUAGCGUAGCUAGCACACAGAAGUGCCUAUGUUAGCUGCCCGCGAGGAAAACAACAAAGUCCCGCGGCGGUGGGACGGCUGUCAUCAUGGCAGUGUUAUGGUGUAAACUGUGACAACUAAGGCCAAGAUGAUGAACGACAUCAUAGAGGAGCCAGAGAAGGACACUCUGCUGGAGGCGCAGCCGGAGCUGCAAGUUUUAUCGGGGCCCAGUAGUGGCACAAGACCUAAGACAGCUGAUGGCGGCAUCAGGCCUGUGGAGAAAAGAGGCCCUUACAUCAUGUCCAGAGCAACAGCAAUCCACCUCAAGCUUCAGAAACACCGGGAGAUGGCGCGGAAAGCGCUGAAGAAGAAAGCCCUCUCACCAGGCCCUCCAGUGAUGCAUCAGCCUAGACAAGGAGGUAAAAGGACGGUGAAAUAUAACAAGGGCUAUGCUGCUUUGAGUCAGCACGCUGAGGACAGUUUGAUUGCACUGGAUUCAGACAGUGAUGAAGAGAUCGAUUUUGAGCAGUAUUCCUCAGGAUACUCUUCAGCUGAGGUCCAUCCGGAUUUAAGCAGGCAACUGCUUCAGGACGGCUACCGUCUGGAUGAGAUUCCUGAUGACGAGGACCUGGACCUUAUUCCACCCAAAGCCAUGGGCUCCUCUGUGUGCUGCUGCUCCGAGGGCCCGUCCUGCUCCAUGCAGUGAAGCCAGUGCCAUGACUCAAACCUUUAUAAAGACUUGGCUCCAGCUCCUGCCUCUGACUUUAGUCACUGGUGCCUGAGGCCUUUUUUUCUAACCCAGGACCACUGCUGUGCUGCCUGAGAACUUCCAGCUCUGAAGCCAAACUCCUUUUUGUGCAGGACAGUCCUGCACUGAGAAGACUCAUGAGACACACAUGAAAACACGGGUGGACAUAAGAACAAGCCUUAUCCACUGUGACCCAAAGCUUGAUAUUAUUUUUUUCUUUCUUAUUAUUUUUAUAGAUCGCAUCAUUUGGGAAAUGUCGUUAUUGGAGAACCGUUUACUGUCUUUUCCACUGUGGUGAACGGGUCUGCAGCCCUCUAAGCAUGACUUGCAUUCAUGUUUGGUAUAUAGUAUUUUAAUGUUCGGGCCCUUUGGCGAAUCAGAAUUCAUGACUUGACCAUUGACACAUUGACAUUCCCUGAUUUAUGUUUGCAACUGGCUGUGUUUUACUUUGUCUGUCAUCAAAAAUGACUUUUGAGUUUAGUUGGACACCUAUUCCAACAAAAAUAACAAGUAAUAGCAUUUUU